AUGGCAGACACUUAUCACUUAGUCCAGUCCAGUUAUGGCGACAUAGCUAAGAAAACUGUUUCCAGUCCGGAGCAAGAUGGCGAAAGGAACAUUGCCCUGGCAUUCGGCUACAGCGAGAAGGACCUUCUCUCUCUUCCCGAAAAAACAAAUCUAGGCUUAAGUUGUGGCAACCCUGUGGCAUACGCAAAUGUAAAGGAAGGAGAGACCGUCGUGGACCUCGGUAGUGGAGGUGGUAUCGAUGUAUUUCUAGCUGCUCGCAAGGUUGGACCAACAGGAAAGGCAGUUGGGAUAGACAUGACUAAGGAUAUGAUCAAUCUAGCAACCAAGAAUGCCAAGGCAUCCGGUCUAUCUAAUACGUCUUUUAUCGAAGCAUCUAUCACCUCCAUUCCACUACCAGACUCCAGCGUGGAUUGCAUCAUUAGUAACUGUGUCAUUAAUCUUGUUCCAGCAAAGGACAAGGGUCUUGUUUUCCUUGAGAUUGCCCGACUGUUAAAACCAGGUGGAAGACUUGCCAUCAGUGAUAUCCUAGCCAGAAAAGAACUCCCAAGAAGUAUCGUGGAUAAUAUGGAACUGUAUGUGGGAUGCAUUGCGGGUGCUAGCCAGGUUGCUGAAUAUGAGGAAUAUCUUCGACAAGCGGGUUUUCAAGUAUCACCAAGUCUCGACAAAGAUUCAGAAAUCACACAUUCCUUACCUUCUUUCUCUAGUGUCAACUACGACAAUUUCAUCGAACUCGACAGCGACAAAUGCCCAUUCUCGAAGAUCGGUCGAGUGACCUACCAUUCAUUCUCCGAGACUUUGAUAGUUAAAGUCAUGCCGGGCGAAGCACACGAGAUUACUGCUCAGCGUUUCAAUGAUAUUCUGGCUUACGCCCUCCGUGGCAUGAAUAUUAGGAUGGAAUUGCGCAAUGUGGUGGCUAAGACUAUGCUGUAUACAAGCUAG